AAUUCCCAAUUUUGCUACCGUUGAAAACAAAGUGCGAAGACUUGUCUUUCUUUUCUUCCCCAAACUUUCCUCUUCUUAGGAAGAAAAAUCGCAGACUUCCAUUUGAUCAGUGAAAUGGAAGUCUGAAUUCUCGAAAACCUAAUUGCGCGCGCUAAAGAGAGAGAAUUAGCAAUUACAGUUUUAAUUUUCGCCGAUUUUUUCUUUGGGGGGAAGUUCUUCCUUUUGUGUGUAUGAAAUUGAACUCAAUUUUUCUAAUUUGAUCAUCAAAUUUAAUGGGAGGCGACGACCCCUCUGAAUCUUCGCCUUUGGUGGCUCCGGUUUUGGUCACCUCGCCAUUGGAGAUUGACCUAGAGGCUGGACCCGAUGAGCAGAUUCAGUGCCGAAUUUGCCUCGAAACCGAUGGUUUUUUCGUGUUUGGAAAGGCUUCGGAUUCUGACAAUUUAAUCCAGCAUUGCACACAGCCAAUUAAACUACCGCGAGGUAGGGAUUUUAUUGCUCCUUGCAAGUGCAAAGGGACAUCAAAAUACGUCCACAGAGAAUGUCUCGAUCAUUGGCGGGCCAUUAAGGAAGGAUUUGCCUUUGCUCAUUGCACAACUUGCAAGGCUCCUUAUUAUUUAAGAGUCCACGUAAUUGCUGAUAGAAAAUGGCGAACAAUGAAGUUCCGUUUUUUUGUCACUAGGGAUAUUCUAUUUAUCUUUUUCGCUGUGCAGCUGGUUAUUGCUGUUUUGGCAUACUCGAUGUAUCUUAUUGACGGAUAUCAGAAGUUUUGGCUUCGUCUCACCUGGGGUUUCGACAGCGAAUUUAGUUUCUACUACUUAUGUGGGGCACUAUUAUUUUUCGCGUUGCUUGGAUUAUCGGGGUGCUUCAUAACUUGUUAUGACAGAAGAGUGCGCAACGAUCUAGCUCAACCAUGUCGAGAAUUGUGCCUUUGUUGUUGUCAUCCUGGGGUGUGUGCGGAUUGUCAUUUGCCCGGGACACUUUGCCUGUGGACCGAUUGUACUGCGUGCUUCGAAACUUGUGCUAGUGCAGCUGGGGAGUGUGGCUGCAUGGGAGGUGCAGGUGAAGCUGGAUUGCCGUUGUUACUGAUCAUGGCUUUGGUCGUACUCGGUUUGUUCACUAUUAUCGGUAUCUUUUAUAGUGUAUUAGUUGCCACUAUGGUCGGACAAAGGAUUUGGCAACGCCACUACCACAUACUCGCCAAACGAAUGCUAACGAAAGAAUAUGUUGUUGAGGAUGUCGAUGACGAAAUGACUGGAGGUGAUUGGUCGCCCCCACCGCUCCCGUCGGAACAUGUUCAACAGCUGAAAGCACUCGGACUUCUAUGAACUAAGUUAACGAGAAAUGGCCUAUACUACAUACAUACAGGUACUUGUGUAUGUCUCUCCUAUUUCUUACGAUCAAUUAACCAAAUGAUUCGGAAUGAU